GGGGCUGCAGCAGCGCCUUCCCCUUCGGGAGCCUCUGCUCUGCCGCAGCCGGCAGAGAGUUCGCAAAGUUGUCACAUUUCGCAGGCGGGGAGCGGCUGCCGGCGAAGUGCGAGCAGGGUGGAAGUCACCCUGUGUGGGACAUAGCUCCUCUUACCUCCCCCCUCCUCCCCAGCCAACCUUUCUCGCUCGUCCCUCCCCUCCCUCCCUUCCUCCCUCCGCCCUCCCUCCUCCCUCCUUCCUCCGCUGCGUUUCCUAGAAAGUUGUAUCGGUGUGGCCGGGCAGCUCUAACACGGUUCGCCCGCUCGAACCGCGGGUGUGUGCCGGACGUGGUGGUUGUGGCGGAGAUUUCAGCCCGGAGACGCCGCGGAGCCCCCACCCCUCAAGGGUUUUUUUGGGGAGUUUGCUGUUAGCGGGGAGUUGUGUCCCCCUCCGGCUGCAGGGUUAAGGGGGUGCCGGAGCAGGGAGAGCGAGAGACAUGGAUCUGGCAGCCUGCUGUGCCAGGACAUUUCAUACUUCGCCCCCAUCGUCUGGGUGGGCACCGAGGGGAGCCCGCAGUUCCUUGCAGUAAGAAAAGGAGAGGGGAAAUUGAUCGGGACGGGCUCCCUCAGAAGGCAAGUGUGGAGCGGUUUUAAUUUGGUUGCUGGAAGGAAGCAAAAGAGAAGCUGUCAUUUGUGUCUGUGUGUCCCUAUACGAGGGCCUCCUGGUUCCUUGUUAGCUUAUAGAGAGGGGAAAAAAAAAAAAAAAAAGCGUUUGAUGUUACGUCUGACCAGCUGCUGUUCUCCAUAAUAACAAGAGAGAGAACUGCCUGCCCUGCCGAGUUGCGUCACUUCGCUUCAACUUUAGGCUAGAAAUCAAGAGAGGGAGAGACAAGUUUCAAGGGAGGCAGGAGCGAGCUGGAAAGCCCUGUCGUCUUCCUCCCACCCACCUACCCCUCCUCCUUUACCCCUCUCCUUUCUCCACCCCCUUCCCCCCCUCCCAAAAAGAAAAAAAAAAAAAAAAAAAGGAAAAAAAAAAAAAGGAAAAACCUUUCCCAUCAGAGAAAGAGGGAGAUCUCUUUGGAAACAUGGAGCUGCUGUGCUGCGAGGUGGAUCCCAUGAGGAGAGCUCUGCCUGACCCCAACUUGCUCUACGACGACCGCGUUUUGCACAACUUACUAACCAUAGAGGAAAGGUAUCUGCCCCAAUGCUCCUACUUCAAGUGCGUCCAGAAGGACAUCCAGCCCUUCAUGAGGAGGAUGGUGGCCACUUGGAUGCUGGAGGUCUGCGAAGAGCAGAAGUGCGAAGAAGAAGUUUUCCCUCUGGCCAUGAAUUACUUGGACAGAUUCUUAGCUGUGGUGCCCACUCGGAAGUGCCAUCUGCAGCUGCUGGGGGCGGUGUGCAUGUUCCUGGCCUCCAAGCUGAAAGAGACAAUCCCCCUCACAGCCGAGAAGCUGUGCAUAUACACGGACAAUUCCAUCAAACCCCAAGAGCUGCUGGAAUGGGAGCUGGUGGUGCUGGGGAAGUUGAAGUGGAACCUUGCAGCUGUCACCCCCCACGAUUUCAUUGAACACAUCCUAAGGAAGGUGCCUCUCCCUAAAGACAAGUUGCUUUUGAUCCGGAAGCAUGCACAGACCUUCAUCGCCCUGUGUGCCACAGAUUUUAACUUUGCCAUGUACCCACCAUCAAUGAUAGCAACUGGAAGUGUGGGAGCAGCCAUCUGUGGCCUUCAGCUCGAUGAUGGGGACAGCCUCACGGACCUCCUGGCCAAGAUCACAAACACAGAUGUGGACUGCCUUAAAGCUUGUCAGGAACAGAUCGAGGCGGUGCUCGUGAACAGCCUGCAGCAAGUCAGGCAGCAGCAGCAGCAGAGCAAUCCCUCCAAGACAGUGGAUGAACUGGACCAGGCCAGCACUCCCACAGAUGUGAGAGACAUCAACCUGUGAGGACAUCAGCACGCAAAGUCACGCUUGCUCCCCCAGACCCUUUAUUUUUGUUAUUAUUUUUAGAGUGAUUUUUUUUUAAUCUGCUCCCACAUAGAACAUAUUUAAAGCUCUUUUAGUUAUAAAGAAAAACAAAAAAAAAGUACAAAAACUGAAUAAUGAAAAAAAAAAAAAGCAUUUGGUGCCUGUGAUGUUCUACAGAAGGGAAUCCCAUGAUAUAUUUGGUAAUUGCUAUUUGAUUAUGUAUCAGUGAUAUUAAAUGCUUAUAAAAGCAUACAAAGUAGCUAGAUCAAUGUAAGCCUGCAUUUGUGGGAACAAAGUAGAGUAUACUUGUCUGUGUAUUAUGUACUAGUGCAUACACCCCUUUUUUAGAUUUAAGAAAGGAAUCGUGUGUGCGAUUUUAUGGCUUGACUAGAUUGCAAAGCAAUAGAAUAAGGGGUUUAGGGCAAAGUGGGAAAAGAUCCCUGAAGCAAUUGAACCAUUUUGAAUGCAGAAGAGAUUUGCUGAUCUGUCACCUCUGUUAUUAGUCAGAAGUGUUUGUUGGAUCUCUGUAUGUUAGUUUUGUUUACUCUUGCUGUCUGUGGUAGCUGCUACCUAAGAAAGAAGAUGCUUUAUUUUACCAGCCAGAAGAGCAGGUGUCUUUUGGGCUUUUUUUUUUUCAGUUGAUUUAUUUUUCUUUUUUUAGUUUUUUCUUCUUUCCCCCCAACUUCCCCUCUGCCCCUCUUGACUUUUUAUCUACUUUUCCUUCUGAAAUGGUUCAUUCUAAACACAGCAGCAUCUUUGGCAUGAGGGCAGUUCUGUUCACCCAGCCGUGGGCCGAGCCAAAGUUCCCGAGUGUUCACGGUCAGUGGGGGGAAUGCACGCAUUAAUCCUGACCUGUUGGCUGGGCAGACCACCUCCAGCCUUUGGAUUGCAAGAUGUGGUGGAUCAUCCAGGAAAAGCAUUAUAUUCCUUUACAGUGCUAAUGCUUCAUGUCCAUGUUAAGGUCUGGCAGCUUCUUAGCUUGGCCACAAAGACAUUUAAAUGAUGCUCUCUCCAUCUUCCCUUGUAAUAGCCCCUCACUGUGUUAAAGAAGAUGAGGUUUGGUUUGUUCCCUCGUCUCUCUUACCCCCCACUCCCCCCUGCACACUUUUUCAGCAUUUCAUUAACUUUAUUGAUCCACAGUGAGCGUUUUUGUAAACCAUUUCAUUCGAAAAGCACUUUGAAAAUUGUUCCUAAGGGAUUAAAUGAGAUGGUUUAUGACAAUUUUGCCGAGGAAAGAAAAAAAAAAAAAUUUAAAAAAAAUAUUUAAAAAAAAAGGAAAAAAUAAAAUUAAAAAAAAAAAAAAAAAAAAAAGAAAGAAAGAAGUCACAAAAGCAAGGCUUUGUAUAGCUUUUUAUAGUCAAUAUUUUCCAGUAUCUGGUGUACUCGGUUAGCUGCGGUGUUGCUGGAAAUACCAACACCCGCUUCAGAUGACAUUCCUGUCAUGACAUUCCGGAUAAAAGCCUGACCAUCUGUAUUGUUCAGUGUCACAGAAGGAUCUUAAUACCACCUGCGUGUUUAUCUAUGGACAAGGAAAGAAAAUUGCUGGUGCAACAGCCAUGGUGGUAAACAUCGAGGUGCAUGACUUAAAGUUUUAUUACAAAGGUGUAUUCAGUGUACUUGAAUUUAUUUUCCUGCUCCACCUGUAACGAAGAGGCAUUUAGAUGGCAAAGGAGUUGGAGCAACUUUUGGUUUUUUUGAUUUGUUGUUCUGGGGGCUUUUUGUUUUGUUUUUUUGGGUUUGGUUUUUGUUUUGUUUUGUUCUGUUUUGUUUUUUUUUUUUUUUUUUUGCACAAUUGUAUUAACAGUUUGCAGAUAUCCAAUAUGAAGCUGUUGGUUGAAAUGUUAAUGUUUGCAUUUUUAACACAAAAAUCCAGAAAGAACAUGCUACUUUGAAGAAUAUUAUAUGUAUGGACUCAGCCUAUUUGGCUAGAUGAGGGUAGAAAAUGGAGUAAGAUUCUAAGGUUUUGUUGUUUAUUUGGUUUUGGGGGGGUUUUUGGUUUUGUUUUUUUUUUUUUUUUUUUUUUGCGCUGCUAAGAAGCUAUGAUUUGUUUCAUUCUUAUUCACAUUAACAGUACUUAGCUGUAUUGUUUCACUGAGUGUGCUGCUAUUUUAUAAACAUUUUUAUAAUAUAUUAUUUUACUGCUUAAAUUUCAAAUCCUGAAGUAGAUGGUUAAGUGGAGAUAUGAUGAGUUCUUUGAUUUACUGGAAAUGCCCUGUACAGGUUUUUUUUUUUUCCUAAUAGCGUGUUCAUGAUUAUUUUUUUUAUUUUACUUUAUUUUUUCCUUCUUCUCCCUUUUUUUUUUUAAUCUCCUUCCUUCCUGAUCACAUCCUGCAAAGAUGGUAUACUUACCUCAGGUUUGCUGGACAAGAAAUGGUUCCCAUUUUCACAAUACCUCACACAGUGACAGUUUGGUUGCCCCGGGACCCGCUGGGGAGAGGUUGCAAGCAGCCGAGGCGGGGCACUGCCUCCUUUUUGGUCUCUGGUAUCUUUUUCAUAGUGGAAAAAAUGCAUUGACUCUCCACUGGUGAGCAGGUCUGUCCUUCCCAAAGCUGUUUCUGGGCACAGCCUUGGCCUCGCCUCCCACCUCGACGUUCUGCAUUGGGAGCACCCGGAAUUCCGUGGCAGUGUCUCUGUCCUGGAAAGAAAAAGUAGCUGAUGUUGUUGAAGCAAGACUGUGGAGCCACACUCAGAUCAGAUCAGAUCAGAUCAGGUCAGAUCAUUCCUGCCCUGUGGCUUCAUGGGGAGCUGUGCCAGAGGGUCCUGAUGGGGGGGGUGACCUCUCUGAGCGGUGGCACCACGUCCAUCACAAUGGUGUGGUUUUCUCCGUGCCAUGGGCCAGGUGUAGGCAGGACCUGGGUUUAGGGUGCCUGUCCCUGCUCUUUGUCCAACCUCCUGCACACCCUGGUCCCACAGCAGCCAUGGGAUCACAGGGAUGAUUCCUGCUGUGGAUCACAGGGGUGGUCCUGCUGUGGAUCAUUGGGGUGAUUCCUGCCAUGGAAAACAGGGGUGAUCCCUGCAGAGGAUCACAGGGGUGAUUCCUGCCAUGGAUCACAGGGAUGAUCCCUCUAGAGGAUCACAGGGCUGAUCCCACAGUAUCUCCCUCUGCAGAACUGAAGGGGCAGGAGCUGGGGGCCACCCCUGUGUUUGGCUCCUCUACAGCAGGAUGAGGGCGAGCUGUGCUGGAAGGGGCAGCACCAUCCAUCGUUCCCAGUCCCCUCCAGGGUCCUGGUGGGUCUGUGUGUGUCCCCACCAGGGUGAGAAGUGUCCCCGGCUGCAGUACCAUGCUCAGCAAGUGCCAACCCUCUGGUUACAGUGUACUGUAUGUUUGAAGGCUGCAAACCCUACAUCUUGAGUGCUUUCACAGUAGCUUUCAGAAUAAAAUGACUGCCUAGUACUCUCUUUUAACAGAUGUUAAAGGAAGUGUGUUGUUACUGCAAAUGAGGUGUAAGAUUCCCCCCCUGAACUGCAGAAAUUGUAAACCUCCCAAUUGUUUGAUUAAAAAAGAAUAGAUUCUGCCUUCCCAAGUGCCAAAGGAUUGGUACAGUUGCUAAAAGCAUUUCUCUUUCAGCUUCCUAUUGAUGGUACUUAGAUGAUCUCAUCCUUCUCAUUCCUGUAGUGUAGGAGCACCUCAUAAUGUAUUUAUUUGUAUUUCCAACAUGCUUGUGAAAGAGAAAAAUAACCAUUAAUCCCAUGUCAAUGAUUUAAUGCUUGAGUAAUCGGACAGCUCUUAAUUACUCAGCAAACCACCUGGCCACUGGAUUUUUUCCACUAUGUUUAUUACCAUGUUCUCAUGUACCUCAGAAAUCACUCUCGGUUGCACAGUUUCUGUUCUCAAACUUUUUUGGGUUUUGUUUUGGUUUUUUUUUGUUUUGUUUUGUUUUAUUUUGGUUUUUUUAGUUUGUUUUUUUUUUUUUUUGCUUUAUUGAGUGUGAUGCCAUAUCAAGUCAACGUUAUUCUCUCACAAAUGUGCUCUUUAAGAGGUGUGGAUGUUUAUGUGGUCAGGGGAUGCUAGAAAGUGUGGUAGUAGACAUCAGUGUAAACAAAAGUAUUUAGAAAGUACACGAGGUUGUUUUUGAUGGAUAAGACUCUGAUACGGUGUAGUCUUGAUUGCCUUUUAAAAGGUCUUUGUUCAGUGUUGUCAUUUUUAUUAAUAACCUAUUGUUUUGACUAGUUUAAAGAUGGUUCUAAGAAAAGUGUUUUGGCGGGAUUAGGUAUGCUGUAUGGACAAUAAACUCACCUUGACCUAAA